GUCUGAGUUGCGCAAAAGCAGAUUCUUAGCAACCUCCAAACAGAUAUGGCGGAAAGCAUCUUUAUUUUAUGAUUUUCAAAAUAAAACAGUAUGUCUAAGGCGGGGAAGAGAGUUAAAAGUGGAGGAGGUCAAGGAGGACCAGCUAAAUGGGAAGCAGGAUUACUUGCAGCUGUUUUUGAAGAGGAUAACUGGAAGCCAAAUGUAACAUUUGUAGUAGGAAACAAAGUAGACGAUUAUUCCUGGAUUAAAAUUUUAGGAGAAACAGUAGCAGCUGGUUCCAGGAAAUUGUUCAGUGUUCUCUCCAGAGAAACGUUGGAAAAUGAGGUUAGAGAACUUGGCAAUCCAAAAGGAAAGAAACCAAAAGAAGUACCUCAGCAUUAUGAAGUAACAGAAUCUAUAAAGACCAUACUUGAUAACAAUGAAGAAAUCCCAUUACCACUACUGGCCAAACUUCUAAAGUUUAAGUUAUUGUGGAUAAAAAGCAAUGAUCUUAAAAGGCGUGAACAAGAAAGAAAGGUGGAUUUUAUAGAUGAAGAUGGACCAAAAUCUAAGAAAAAGGCUGCCAAUGAUAAAGGAAAAGAAAAGAAAGGGUCAGCUAAAGGUAAAGAUAAACCAAAGUCUGCAGGGAAAGGAGCAAAAGGAGGGAAAAAGACACCAGAACCACCUUCAGCUAAAGAAGGGUCUAAACUGAGAAAGAGGGGAGAAGAGGAUGAUACAGGGAAAUAUAUUGAUGAUGAACCUGAUGACGGUGCCAACCAUUAUAUCAUGGUAUAUGGAUACAACAACCCUCACUUGUUUAAAGAGAUGGCAGAACUUGGUAUCAAUGUAGAUUCCGUCAUCAGAAUUGGUUCACAGGACUAUGAAAGAUUUGAAAAGAAAGAUGACGAACCUGCUAUUGAAAAAGAUGAAAAAACACUAGGAAGAGGCAGGAGCAGACAACUGUUGGCUCUUGAAGAAGAGGAAAGAAAACAAAAGAAGAAAUUUAAGAAGGAGUUGAAAACUUUCUGGAAAGAUGUUAUACUACUUUUACAGAAGCCUUCGGAUGAUUCCAAACUUCAUGAUAUUUCUAGACUGGAAUAUGAAGUGAAGUCUCUGAUCAUCCCAGAAAACUUGGAAGAUCCAGAACAAAAGGCUUUAUUUGGAUCAGCUGUGUUUGAAGAUAUUGCCUGUAUGAUUUAUGACUUGAUUGAUUCUAGGAGGCAGUACAAAAACUAUUUACAGAAUCUAAAAUUGAUUCAUGUUCCAGUAUUUGGACAGCCAUCUCCUCCCUCACCUGGUGCAGAUGAUGGGAAACCAGUUUCUGGUGCUCCAACCCCAGCUGCCGAUAAAGACAAAGGUGCCCCACCUCCUGCAACAUCAGUUGUUCCUGACCAAGAUUUUGUCACACAAACUGAUAUGAGAUAUUACAACGAUCUGAUGAACUGUGUACCACAAGAAUCUGUCAGUGUACCUUUAGUCAUGCAUAGCAUGCUUGAACAGAUUGUGGCAACAGAAGAAAGUAAAGAGCCUCCUAGUGAACAAGUCCCACCAAGACGUAAGGAUGGACUCAACUCAGAACUUGCCAAAUAUAUCAGUGGAAUGGCAUUCAAACUUGCCCUUACUGAGGAGGAACAUAAUAUUCUAUCUGAUGUCUUUGAUCUCCCAGACCGUCCACCAGAAAAGCCAUCAGGACCACUAUUGAUGAAUGCAAAUGACAAAAUAUCACAAAAUUGUCAGAAUUUAAAAACAAUACAUGGCUUUAACCCAGAACAAGUGGAAAAGGAGAUGUUAGAGCGUCUUCCUUUCUCUGCUAUGCUGGACUUGCCUCGCCCUACAUCUGAAGUGGCUAAAGAAAGAGCUGCUAGACUGCAGGAAUUGGUACACUUCAGUGCCACAGGUGGACUGUCCCAGUCAGAAAUUGAUAGAGCUUUCAAACAGUUUGUCUUUGAGUGUAUGGAUUGGUCAACCACAGAUCCUAAUGGUUUCAUUAUGACAAAAGAAGGGGAAGGAGUGGUGCACACUGUGAUCCCAUGGGAUGACCCUUAUCCUUUCUUUAAAGGAAUGAUCCCACAUCACUUAAAGUCUGCACUGAGAGAUCCUAUGUCAACACCAUCUGAGGAACGAUCAGUGCGAAUUGAUCCUAUACCGAGAAUAGAUUCAGAUUUAAUUGAUUACUCCAUAUCUGGCACGUCUUCUGAUGUUACACCUAUCGUGUCACCUGUACCACCUCCUCCUCGACAGCAUGCAGAUACCAAAAAACGACCUUCAAGGUCAAAGAAGAAACCUAAACGAGCCGCCUCCCCUACACCAUUAGAGGAGAUGGGAUUGGUCCAUAGAAAGAGUGAUGUAGCUAUACAAAAUGAUAGAUCACGUCCUGGGUCAUCUGAUAGUGGCAGUCUAGCAAGUAGUAAGAAGGGAAUUCUUAGGCCAUCAUCAAGGUCCAGUACUCCAGAGAAAAGGAGGUCCAGGAGUAAUUCAGUUGUUCACUUUGAGAAAGAUGACACUGGGAAACCAGUCCGACAUGUAGAAAUGGAAACAGAGGAAGUCAUUGAACCAGAACCAUAUAAAAGUCCAGAAGAAAGCAUGCAUGAAAUUGUUGAUGCACAGAAACGUAAACUGGAUCAGUGGUGUUUUGCUGAACAUUACGAGAAAUCCACUCUACUUCAGAUCCUAAAAGAAGCCAUUUACUAUUUACCAUUUGUUGACACCUACUACAACAAGAGAGACCACUCCAUGAUGGUUGUUCUACACAAUCCACAUUCCUUUGAACUUCAGAACCAUGUGGACUGGCAUACAGAACUCCACAGCAAUCUAGGAUUAAGAAAUUACAAAGAAUAUGUAGAGGAAUCAAUAGCCGACUGGACCAAGGAAGAGGAGGCUAAGUACCAGGCUGGACUUCUGUCAGAGGAACUGGAUAAAAUGAGGAACGAUGAAGAGGAAGCAGCAAAGGCAGAAGCUAAAGCUGCAAAGAGAGGGAAAUCACCAGGGAAAUCACCCAGUAGGUCCAAGAGUCCUAAGUCCAGAUCAAGCAGCCAAGAAAGGUCUUCAUCUGCAAAUAGUAAUAUCUUUGUUAGAAACAAUUCAUUGAAAGCCUGGAAAGAGGAACAGGACAGAAUUAAAUCUGAAGAAGAUGACAAAGAAAGAGCAAAGAGUGCUAAAAGAUCUAAAUCUCCUGGCAAAAAGGGUGAUGACAAAGACAAAAAGAGACCAGGAUCCAGAGGAAGUGCCAAAUCUAAAGGUUCCCAGGAUAAACAGGAACCAGUAGAGUUUGUACAGCCUUCCACACCAGUGCAGGAGGAAUUCUGGCCUUUUACUGGUUAUGAUGUUGGUAACAAACUGAUACAUGUAUCUGGUAUUACAACAACUCUGUUUCCAUCUGAUGGAGGACAAAUUAGAACAGAAAGAACAGAUUUUGUACAAGGAACGUCUUGUGUGAAAGCAACAGUAUUAAAAGAUGGACACAUUUUCUCUGUUCACAUUCUCGACCCUAAAGAAAACUCCAAUGGAAGUGACGAUGAAGAUGAUACUGAUUCAAAGAAAGAUGAAAAAGAAAAAUCAGAAUAUGAGAAAUCAGAAAAAGAUGAUAAAUCAGUAAAAGAUACAGAGAGUGUCGGCGUUAAAACAAACAUGUCUGUUAAAUCAGAAGAUAAAAAGACAGCAGUCAGUGCAUUUGGUUCUAUAACAGCACAGCUGAUGGACGGCAUGACCAUGUCACUUAGUCAGUUUGGAGAAAGUGGAACUUGUGAAGAAGCUAAAAAGUAUGAGCCAAAAGAUUAUGUAGCCCCACCCACUACACCCAGUCCAGCCCCACCCCCAUCACCAGCAAAGAGUAAGAAGGGAGAUAAGAAAGGAUCAACACCUGAACCACCACCUCAGGUUCCAGCACCAGAUGAUGGAGAAAAGAUUGAUGAAGAGAAAAAAGAUGAAGAAAAGCCAAUAGUACAACCCUUCCAACAGUUGUAUGUUACAUGUCCUGAUGGUCUGAAUGUUAAAUAUAUAUUGGAAAGUUCUGUAGGAAUGAAACCAAUGACUGAGGAUGACAGAAGGUUACUGGUUAAACAGAGUUAUCCAUUCAAGACACGAUGUGAGCAAGAGUGUGAGGCUCCAAGGAAGAAAUAUAUUCAGUCUGAAGUGUCCAGAAUUAUUACAUCCGAGGGCACGGUCAUUAAAAACAUGGUGGAUGGUAAUGUAGAAGUCUUAUAUGCUGAUGGUACUAUAAGUGUCCACACAGGUCACUGGCCACUUCCUGUCCGUAGCCCUAGUCCUACUCCUAGGCGUGCUGGAAGUGCCAUGAGCCAGCCAGAAAGAGCUGAAACACCAACCAAGAAAACAGCAGGAAAACCAGCAAAGGGAGGUAAACCAGUCCCAGAGAAAGCUGAAGAGGAACCACCAGAACAGGAGAAGAAAGGCGUGUGGACCACAACAUAUCCCAGUGGAGAGAAAAUACAAUAUAAAGAAAACGUGGAGACAGAAGACUUAAAACCUGUCAUGAUCUGUGUGGCAACGGAUCCAGAAACAAAUCAAACCAUGGCAACAAGAGAUGAUCAUGUGAUGACAAUUAGUUAUCCAGAUGGCACCACUAUAGUGGAGCAUGCUGAUGGUACCCGUAUUACAACAUAUUACAGAGAAAAUCAGAUAACUCGCAGUGGAGAGGAAUCUUAUGAAGGUGAAGAAAAGGAAAUAGAAGUCCAGACCAUCAAGUUUGUUAAGGUUGAGUGUCCAGCCUAUGCCACAGUAGAAUUUAACAGUGUCACCAGUGAAAAUCUGACCAUUUUUGGUAAUGGUACAACAAUCAAUGUGUUUCCAGAUGGCUAUUACAUGCUUCAUCAUUACGACAGUGGUCGGUUAGAGGUAGACACUGAGGGAACGGUUACUUAUUACCCACGACCAAACAAAAUAACAGAACAGAUGUUACCAGAGAGAGAUUUACAAUAUGUGUUACGUCAUAAUGCAGACAUUGUUAUUGAAAGUGUUGACCUUGAAGGGAAUGUGUUUAAUGUCAAAUCUAAUGGGGACUAUGCUGUAAUGACUGCCAAUGAAGAUGACUUAUCGGAUACCAGUCAGGAUGAAAGUCGAGCGGACAAGAGAAUGGCUUCCUUUAAAGAACAUGCUCCUCGCUUUUUCAUAUGUCACGCUGACGGAAGUGGCACUGAACUGAUGCGAUACCAGGAUGUGGCAGAAUAUAUAAACAAUGCUGAACAGAGCCAAGCAACGGCUGUUUUACGUGAUGAUUUACCAGAUUAUCCUGGUGUUCAAGGAAUUACAAUUCUAAAACCUUACGUUGGUGGUCUGUCAGAUGUCUGGUUUAAAAAGUAUGACCAGGAAUCUAUUAUUCCUUCAGGUAUUAGGAGCAGAGAUCUUACAACACUUCCACCCAAAGAAUUCAAAACUCCUGGACCUAAAUACGGAACAACUCUUGGUCAAGGAUUAAAUGUUGGAACUGUGUCUAAACAAGCAGCUAGGAUACCAAUUCUGAAAUGUCCCAACAAGUUAGAACUUAGACAAAUAAUACAGUAUAAACCUGUGUCUAACCAGCUUAGAGAUCAAUUACAGGCUGGAUUAAAGGAUUAUGCUGAGUAUGUUAUCAAUAGAAACAAAACAUCUGAGUUUAUGCAGCCAGUAGAUCCUAGAACAGAUGAGGAGAAAAUCCACGCUGCUGAUCUACAGGAAAUGGGUCUUCACUCUGCAACCAAUCCACAAUUUCCACCAGAGGUUGUUAAAGAUAUAUAUGAAAAGGCAAUGACUCCUCCUGCCCCAAGUCCUCCACCAACACCGACCCCAAAGAGGACCAAGGCAGAUUGGGAGAGGGAUCAAAGAGAACUGGCAGAGGAGCAGGAAGGGAGAAAUGCUCUCAGAAAUAAGAAAAUACCAGUCUAUUUUGACAGUGAAUUUGGAAAGGCUUUCUUACUAUCACAGGCUAAAGAUGUUGAUGAGAUUUUACAACAACUGUCAGAGGAUCCCAGGAAAGAUGGAACCCAGGCUGUCAGGGGAAACUCCUCUAGUCAUAGUAAUAAAGAUCAAGUCAGCCCAGCUACCAGUGCUCAUCCUGCGAGAUCACUAGGGGCUGUCAAGUCAGGUCAGAGUGAUCGAUCAAGUGCAUCCCCUGGAGAGACCAUCACACAUAAAGCAGGUCCUGGUACCCCAAUGUCAUAUUCAGUUUACCCAGAGACAGUGCCCUCUAGAGGAGGAAUACGCCCAGGUAACCCAACCCCUGCACAUGCAGCAGGUCAAGGGUCACCAGCACCAAUCAGACCAGACAAUCCAACACCAGUUCAUGCAGGAAAAACUGUGGGUGGUCGCCCAACAAACCCAACCCCAAAGCAGGCAGGUGGAUUAGAUUCACCUUCAGAUCUACCAUCCCAAGUUGACUUCCCUGCAGUAAUAAUGGAACAUCCCACACUUGAAGAGGGCUAUACUCAAGAUGAGAUUGGAGAUGGCGAGAGAGAGGCAUAUAUGAUUAGAAGUCUCAAAAUGGAUGUGACAGGAAAACCUCGUAGAAAUCCUGUACCAGUACCUCCUAAAGGUGGAAAACCAGGAGCUAUCCCUAAUAAUAAGUUUCAGAUGGUAGAGGACCCAGUGAAAAGGAAGGUGAAGAAUUCUUUAACAGUAGGGUCUUCUGUAAGAGGACAGAUGGAGUUAAAUCAGAUGAAGGGACUUAUUCUGUUACCACAAGAAGUUGACUUUGGGGUUCUAAAGGAAGGAAAUACAUACAGUUUUACUAUUCAUUUGAAAAAUACUGGUGUAGACUCUGGUCGAUUUAAAUUAAAACAGCCACCUCCCUCAACAGGCCUCAGAGUGGUCUACAAACCAGGCCCAAUUGCAGCAGGAAUGAAGACAGAACUGAACCUAGAAAUUUAUGCCAUAGCUGUUGGUGUUGAAGGAGAGUCUGGGGUUGGGUCAAUAAGUCACGAACUAGAGAUCGUCACAGAAACAGAUGUUUUAUUUCUACCUAUAUCAGCAACUAUUUUAACUGCAUAUGAAUUUGAGAACAGAGAACCAAACAGUCCAAAGGGAGGUAAAUCUCCAGGAACAAAACUGGUUUCCUUAAAACCACCUGCAUCAUCUGGUAUUAUACGUCCCAGGAGGGAUCAGCUAAUUUCAGGUACCAUCUAGACAACAAUCAAAGUUAUCCAGAUUCCGUCCAGUGUUUGUGAUUUUUACAGUGAUAUUCCAUCCUGCCUCUGAAAAUCAGAAUUUUAUAUGUAACUUAAUUUAUGACUGUAUGAUAUCAUGGAUCUAAUGACCCUCUUCAUUUUAUCAAGAAAAACUGUUUUUUGUUGAUUUUUAAUGAUACUGAAGAGAAAAGUUGACUACUAUGUGCUGUGAUAGAAACUUUAUAUUUUAUAAACAAUUUAUUUACAUGAAAUGUUAUUUAUUGUGAUGAGUAUUUGAGUAAAUUUCCAUUUUUUUUGCUUGUGAAUAGAGUUAUGAGUAAGAGCAUUUUAUGAAUGGAAAUUUAUAUCAUAUUUGUGAUAUAUUUAAUAAAUUUAUUAUGUCA